UGUUAACCACUGAGCCAUGGUGGGAACUCCAUGGCAAAUUCUUAAGCUUGUAUGUCUUCUCUCAACUUUACAACCCACCAGGCUGACUGUUGGUAAUCUCUUUUUUCUCUUCUAGAAGGUGGUGCUGUAGCUCAAGACUGUGGUUUCUUCCUUGUGCUCAGAACUUUGCUUGUUUUCUGGGCAUCCUCUCUGUCUGUCCAGGCUUGCUCUCACCACUGCCCUCAGGAGUGCACACAAGGAACCAGCCACAGAGAAGGGGAAGUGUGGGAUUGGCACUGCGGCACUGGGGAUUCCCACAGGCAGAUGGUAGGAUCCUCAAGUGAAGAUUUCCCAGCAGGUUUUGGGCAGGUCUCCUGCUUUGAAUCUAGAACACAGUCAGCAGACAUCCCUUUAAUUCCCUCUGUUAUUCUUGUCUGCCUCUCUCCCCAUGUUUCCCUUCCCCUAAGUCAUGGAGCGCUUGUUUAAUACUCUGUUGUUGUUGACGCCUCCUUCACAACAACACUCAAAUUCUACCUCAAAAAGUUUCUUUAGCAAUAGCCCUCACAGCUGGGAAAACCAAGGGCUCACUCACCACUGUUCCUUUCCCCCUUGGGAUGGUUUCUCAGCCCACUUCUUCUCUAAGCGAUGCCACCAUGGGGGCAGGGUGAUGCUCAGAAAGUUCCUCUUCAGUGGAGGUUGUUGUUGUUUGUUUGUUUGUUUCCACGGAGUUCUUGAACUUCUUUAGAAACCUGAAUUCCUAGAAAUUAUCCAAAUGUAUCUGGGCAAGUCAGCAUUUUCUAGAGGUUGAAGCCAGUUCACAGGCUCCUGCUGAUUCUGCAAUUGUAUUGGGGUGUGUCUGCCUGUUACCCAAUGCAGAAGUGAGUGAGAUUCCUCCUUAGUACCUUGGUGUGUGGUGCUGGAUGCCACAGCUCCCAGAGAGGCAGUUUUCAUCAUGGAUAGAUGACAAAUUUUAAAAGUUAAAGGCAGUGACCGCGGAUGUCUUAUGCCAUCACAACAUCACUCCGUAAAGUAAGUGUCAUUCAUGUUUUCUGGUAUUGAAAAAUUCUGGAAGUUCCACAAAACAAUCCUUAAUAAUAAGGAUUCAUACUAAAGUUAUCAACAGUAACUUUUGUCAAAGUUCUUCUUGGCUUUUGCAUCUCAGAAAUCAGUCGUGUUCCGGGAACAAGCUGAAAGGAGCCUGAACAUGACUUCGUUGGAGGCUUUGAAAUUCUUACAGACAGGUCAUACCUGCAGAGAAAGCAUGUCUGAAGGGCAAUCUGGGGAGGAUCUCCAAAGAAAAUGUCUAUCCAUUACAUCUCUACCUUUUCCCAAGCUUGCUUGUUUCAUCAUCCCUAUGGCAGUCUUAGCUGCAGCUGUGAUUGCACUUUCCACUUUUUUGGCAGUGAGAGGGGCAGAUCGGCAAGAGUACAUUCGGUAUGUUACCUGCCCAAAAGGAUGGAUUGGAUUUGGAAGUAAGUGUUUUUAUUUUUCUGAAGACGCAAAGAACUGGACAGUCAGCCAGAUGUUCUGUGUCUCAUUAGAAGCUCAUCUGGCUCAGUUUGAAACCGAAGAGGAGCUGAAGUUCCUGAAAAGAUACAAAGGCCCGUCUGACCAUUGGAUUGGCCUUAGCAGAGAGUCACCACAUCACGUUUGGAGGUGGACGGACAACACUGAAUAUAAUGCCUCGUUUGUCAUCAGAGGAGUUGGAGAAUGUGCCUACCUGAAUGACAUUGGAGUUAGUAGUGCCAGGACCUACACAGAUAGGAAUUGGAUUUGUACCUUUUUUCUUACAUCAUUUUGUCUAACAUCUCUCCUCCACCUCCAAUUUGACACCAAAAAAUAAUUUAAAAAAAAGAACAUAUACCAAAUAAUUUCUCUGCUAGUGUACAGAACCUCAGCUUGUGGAGAUGUUUCAGGCCACUUGUCAGACCAGAUCUUGUAUGGAAACUCCAUGGUGUUCAUGCCCAUUGGAAAUAAUAUGACUCUUCAGCAACUCUAGAAGCCACCAAGGCAUAGCUAUUCCUGAGUAGCUGGAGUUCUAGCCACAUCAGCAGCUACAGUUUCAAAGAGCUAAAGUCCAGUAUGGAGGAUGAAGACUCUAAUGGAACAGAUCAACUUUGGAUGUGGCGAGUUAACAGAGAGCCAUAACCAUAGAGGCGUACUUGGUUGGCUCAUCUUUAGUCUUAAUGUAAUCAUCACCUCCCAGGGAUGUGCUUUCUGGUUUUACUGGAUGGCUUUCUGUGUUUUCAUAGCAGUUACUGCCCCAAUCUAAAGCUCAUUCUAUUGUGUUGCAAUUACUUCACCAGUUUUCUCAUUGCUGCUUGUAGAGAGAAACUACAAUGACUUGUCCUUCCUUUUGCUGUCAGUGCUUUGUGUAAUCCCUGGCAGAUGGUGAACUGUAAUUACUGUUUAUUCUAUCAGAUGGUGAACUGUAAUUACUGUUUAUUCUAUGAGGCAAUCUCUUUGACUACUAUAUGCUCUACAUAUAGAUAUGCAUCUGUAUGUAUAUACAUUGUAUAUAGUAAACAUUUUUUUCUGUUGUGUAUGCAAAUCAUAUUUGCUCAUAAUAGUCUGUGUCCAAUUUGUUUAAAAAGAUAUGUAAUUCUCCGAUAUCAUAGUGAUACUGGAAAGAUGGUGCCGGAAUCCGGGUUCUUGUUCACAGCAGUCGAAGAAUAAACUCUGAGAACACACAGGCAA